AUAGAAGAGAUCAUCCUAUUUGGUAAAGAUAUGGACCGAAUAAGGUAUGAUAAGGUUCUUGAAGAAUGUGCCUUGAAGAAAGACAUUCAAGUUCUGCCUUUUGGUGAUCAAACAGUCAUAGGUGAGAGGGGAAUCAAUCUAAGUGGUGGUCAGAAGCAGAGAUUACAGAUAGCACGUGCUUUAUAUCAAGAUGCUGACAUCUAUCUUUUUGAUGAUCCAUUUAGUGCAGUUGAUGCUCAUACAGGAAGCCAUCUCUUUAAAGUCUUGAAAGGUGGGAGGAUCAAACAAGCUGGAAGGUAUGAUGACUUAAUGAAUUCAGGAAGUAAGUUUAUGGAACUUGUCAAUGCUCGUAACCAAGUUUUAUCAGUGAUUGAUUCGAUAAAGGCUAGCUUUGGAUCUCACGAAACAAAAUUUAUGGAGGAAGAUAGGGUUGAAGUUGAGUCGGAAGGAACAAAAAGACAACAACGGGUUUAGAAAAAAGAAAGAGAGAAAGUUUUGUAAACUAGAAAUACAUUACAACUACUUAUGGAGGAUCACUUAUGCCCUGUAUACUUGUAGUAGCAACUGUUUAUGAAUUAAUUCAAUUGUUAACCAAUUACUGGUUGGCUUGGGCAUCACCUGUGUCAUAAGGGGAGAAACCUGCAGUUGGAGGAUCUACACUUAUGAUUGUUUAUAUAAAUCUGGCAUUUAGAAGCGCUUUUUGCAUAUUUAUAAGAGCCAUGUCUCUUACAAUAGUUGAGUAUAAGACAG